AUGAUGCAGAUGGACAAACGGGAACCAGAUGACCCAACCCCAUAUCUUCUUGCUAUAUGGGCACCAGGUCAAACUUCGAAUUCAGUUCCACAACCAGAAAGCAGGUGUGGCUCCCAGGACAAAAAUAAAUUGUGCAAUGAGAAGACAUGCUUUUCAUGCAAUACUAAAAGAGAAGAAAAUUCGCAAACAGUCAGAGGCACAAUUUUGAUACCUUGUAGAACAGCAAUGAGAGGGAGCUUUCCGCUCAAUGGAACAUACUUUCAAGUUAAUGAGGCAAGUCUUAUUCAAACUAAUCUCCUUGAAGUUUAUCUACUGUGCACAGUCUGGAUUAAGUUAAUAGCAAACCAGAAAGUACACCUUGUGCGAGUGUUCGCUGAUCAUGAUUCUAGUUACAAUCCAAUUGAUGUUCCAAGGCAGUGGAUAUGGAAUUUGCCAAGACGGACCGCAUACUUUGGAGCUUCUGUCUAUCAACAGUGGGAAUUCAAUACUGCUUUUGGAAAGGCAUAA